AUGGAGUCGAAUAUGCUAGGCAUGAUCUGCAACACCCAUCUACAGCUUGCUGAUCAGCGUGAGACGGGAACCUUCUCGGAUGACUGCAUCAAGCUUGCCGGUAUGGCCUCCACAGCGGUGGAUUUUUCGAAGACAGGCAUUCGCGUCGAUACGUCGGAACUACCUCGCUACCCAAGGAUGAGGCCCGACUUCAUGGCUCCAUCCCCUCGUGUGGUCGUAUCCGCUGGUGGCCAUCUAGAUGUUGAAGAGGACGACAAUGAAGACGACCCUGCCUUCGAGGACUUGGAUGCGGAGAAGCGACCGUUCCGCUACUACGAGAGCCAGAAAGUCCUUGGGCAACUCUAUCGCGCGAUUGACGAGCAGAAGUUCCUCUCCAAGAUGCAGACAGAUCGCCGAGCUGCCAUGACCGCUGGCCAUCACAACCUAAUGGGCAGGCUGCAGCAGUACAUGGCCCGCAUGGCAUCGAACUACGGCAUCCUGUACCUCCACCAUGCUGAGCUGGCGCGCGACAUCCGAUCUGGGUACGAGGAAAGCCUCUUAAACAUCCUGCACACCUACGCCCCAUCAACCAACAUGCCCAUCUCCGAACACGAAGCCUUCGCCGGCACCAUCCUCGGCCGCAAAGGCGGAGCGCAAAACAAGCCUCUCCGUGAAUUGGGCAAGACGAUGCGCGAGCGCUUCCAGGCCAUCGUCGAGUACAACAUCAUGCGCAUCACCAAGGGCGACGAGCAAAUGCACGGGGUCAGCGACCUCGACUUGCUGUAUGAGGACAGCGUGGAUCGGCAGGUUGAGGCGCUGCCGAGGGCUAUGGCGUGCUUGCAGGUGGCGGUUGAGGAGAGAGGGUGGGUGGAUAGGGAGUUGGGGGAGUUGCAGUCGUUUAAGUGUAUUGCUGCUGGGGUGUGUUUGAGGGAGUUUGAGCGGUAUAGGAUUACGACGUUGGGGUCGUAUGUACUGCCGCCGGUGUGA